UUAAUCAGUCCCAACUCAACGUCGGACAGGUGAUGAACGUGUAGUCAUGGGGAUGGUGUCCAAGCAGUAGCGCGCGAAUAUUUAAAUCUUGAGAAAAAAAAUCCAAGAGGUCCAGUAAUAUGAAUCUGGGCCAUUCCGGUUAACUAUUGAUACCUGAUCAACUAUAAUCAUGCUUCCAUGGUGUAAAUGUGUGUAAAGUGUUAAUUAAUUUAUUAAUUAAAUUAUUUUUAUUUUAAUUAGAGUUUAUCGAACUGUAUGUAUACGCUCUAGUCUAGUAAAAUAAGAUGCUGCCAGCAGUUUUAGUUACUUUUGCCACUUUUCUCCUGGAGAACUGUUCGACGUCGCCUGUAUAUAACAUGCAACCAGCGUUCAUCACUGCCAAUAUAGGUACCGCGGGUAGAAAUAUACGUAAUCUACCGUGUAUAUCGAGGAAAACCAACCAGAGUGGUGUCUGCAUGUUUGCCAUAGAUUGUCUGAAAGCUAAUGGUACCCAUUUGGGGACUUGUAUAGACAGAUUUUAUUUUGGUUCCUGCUGCCAUAUAGAGCCGGUUCAUGAUAUAAUAGACAACAGCAUAGAAAGUGACAUCAUUCCUGCACGAGAACCUCCCCAGAGGCUCUCGAGUACAAUAAGGCCAUUAACAACAUCAACUAAGACUGAAAGGACAACGAAACCAACCACGACGACGACGACGACGACAACGACGACAACGACAACAACUACAACGACUACACAGAAACCUCCACCUGUCAAACAAGAAGAAACAACGACCGUGAGUUAUAAGUUGACCACGUUCCAGGCGGUAGAUGGGAGCAUACCUGCGGAAACUGCAACAAAAACAACAAUAGCUAAACCCAAACCUACUACUUCUAAAACAACACCUAAACAAAAACCAACGAAAACCACCCCAAAACCUAACAAGAACACUACGAAACCGACUAGAUCGACAACGAAAAAACCUACCAAACCUGAAAUACAUACAACAAAGAAACCCACUGUGGGCACAACCCGAAGACCUACUACAAUAACGACUAGGAAAUCUACUACUACUACGGCGACACGGAAGCCAUCAGUUACAACUACGACGAAAAAACCUAGUACAACAGCGAAAAAACCGGCGACAACUACAAAAAAACCUGUUACUAUUACAACGUCGAAACCUAGUGCGUCUACAACUAAGAAAACUCUGACAACACCGAAACCUACAAAAGUAACGAAAACGACAACUACGCCCAGUACUACCACUAAAACUACCACGCAAAAACCUACUACUACGACUUCUAAACCCACAACAGCAGUCAACAAGAACGUGACCGCAAGUAGCAAAAUCCCGACGACGGAGAAACCGUCGAGUACCACCACAGGUUCAAUAGUCACCUGGACCAUUCUCGACAGCAACAAAAAUGUUUCGGUACCAACAACGACCAGUUCCGGUAACAGUACAAGUGAAGAGUGGAUUCCCCUCACGACUGCGGAUAAUUGGGUUCCUUUACCCAGCGUCCAGCCGAGUACCACCCAGUCGACGUCGUCCUCCUCUGCGUCUUCGACGACCGCUGCUGCGACGACUGAAAGUGCAAGUAAACCGUCCAUCACGUAUAUACCUUUGGAAUCCACAACCUCCUCGGUGACCUUGAAUGUGUCGGCAACGGCCGCUGCAGAAGUUACACCGCAAUCGUCACCUGUUACCGCUGCGGUUACUCCUCCGACGACGGAAGAGACUGCGGAAAUUCGACCGGUCAACAUGAGCGACUUCACGGAUGUGUGUGGUCGGAGGAUGUAUCCUGAAGGCAGGAUAGUCGGAGGCGAGAAGUCAUCCUUUGGAAAAUGGCCUUGGCAGAUAUCCUUGAGACAAUGGAGGACUUCUACAUAUCUCCAUAAAUGUGGGGCUGCACUUCUGAAUGAGAACUGGGCUAUUACGGCGGCUCACUGUGUGGACAACGUCCCACCUAGUGACCUACUUCUGCGGCUGGGCGAACACGACCUAUCUACCGAAUCCGAGCCCUACUUGCACCAGGAGCGUCGAGUGCAGAUUGUUGCAUCCCAUCCCCAAUUUGACCCAAGAACCUUCGAAUACGACCUGGCCCUUUUGCGAUUCUACGAGCCUGUCACGUUCCAGCCGAACAUCUUGCCGGUCUGUGUCCCUCAAACAGACGAGAACUUCGUAGGAAGGACAGCUUACGUCACAGGAUGGGGGCGCUUAUACGAGGAUGGCCCUCUUCCAAGCAUUCUGCAGGAGGUCUCCGUCCCCGUCAUCAACAACUCCGUCUGUGAAUCCAUGUACCGUUCGGCCGGUUACAUCGAGCACAUCCCCCACAUCUUCAUCUGCGCAGGGUGGCGUCGCGGGGGUUUCGACUCCUGUGAAGGGGAUUCCGGAGGCCCUAUGGUAAUCCAGCGCGAAGACAAAAGGUUCCUUUUAGCGGGAGUGAUCUCCUGGGGCAUCGGCUGCGCCGAACCUAACCAGCCAGGAGUGUAUACCAGGAUUAGCGAGUUCAGGGACUGGAUAAACCAAAUUCUACAAUUUUAGUAAUGUGAUUCGAGAGUUAGCAUAAAUUUUUUUCGCAGGCUGGUUUCUUAGAACGUGCGGGUUUUCCAUCAAACAACUCCUCAAUCUUGAUGUUUACAUGCAAAGUAAAUUGGAUGUCGCUAUUGAUUUUCUUCCACGUGCUAUAAAUAUAGUAUGCAUGCAACAGUUUACCCACGCUCUUGGAGGUUUCUCGGUGGAAAAAUAAGAGAAUUGAACUAUUUACCAAGUCAUAAUUUGUGAUUACGUGAGACUAGGUACUCGAUUAGGUAGAAUUUUACUGGACGGAGUUGAGUUUUAGUAUGACUACAUUCCGCGAAAGAAGGAACUAAAAUAGAGUCUAAGGAUCAAGUGAUUGUGUAUAGAAAUUAAAGUUGUAAUCAGUAAUAUAUACGUAGUAAUUUAUUUGCUUCAAUUAAAUUGAUAAAAAGAGUUAAUGACGUACUAUCUAAACUGACUUAACUUUUUUGGUCGAUCUGUCCUGUAAUUAUUAGUAUAGCAACGAUAUUGUUAUUUUUAUAUUCAUGUAAAUAAAGGUGCGUGAAUUUAUUUUGUACUAUAAAUGAAUAAAAUAUUUAUUUUUUGUC